CUCGCACGCGGGCCCUCCGGGGGCACCCUGCGACUUCGCACCGCCUUGCAUGAAAGCGAGCGUGGGCGGGGAAAUGGAUUCAGCCCACCUUGGGUCCCUUGCCCCAGCCCUUGGGAAGCCGCGAUUCGACGCCGUUUCCCCCGGGUGAUGAAUGUCCCGGUCUCCCUUUCAACAGUUUUAGAAGUGGAUGGUAUAAGUGGGAAUGGAGGCCCAGGAUAGUCUCAAAAUUAAAGAGUGCGGAGACUAGAAGGGAGAAUAAGUGUGAAAAGCUGACGGAAGAAGCAGUGUGUGGCAAAGAAAUGAGUUGGUAAAUGUGCUUCAGAACACUCAGGCACUGUUGCUGCCGCCUAUUUUAAAAAGUGAAGUCGACGAGGAUUAUGGGAUUUGUAGUUUAGGGUCUUCGUUUGGAAGAUGGCCGCGCAGCAGCUGCCUUCCAACUGCGCAUGUGCCUUGGUCUUGAGCGCUCCCCUUAGGGGGCGGAGCUUGUGCACGUCCUCGCGCCUUCUCCUCUUGGCGGGAAAAAGUAGGUCGAGGUUGUAGGGGCUUGCAGAGUCACGGCUGCGGCACGCUGUGCUUAUCACCUUCAGGUCUUCCUCGCCCCAGAAGAGGCAAAGAAAGCUGUGUUUCUCAGCUGAAUGAUGACAACAUUGCAGAAGAAAGAAGAAUGUGGGAAGGGAUCAAAGAAACCCUUUGCCCCACCUACACAAAAAUUGCAUAGCAUGAGACCGCAUGGCCCCAACUCACACAGAGACGAGACCCUGGGGAUCAGUUCUCCAGUGGCAGAAGCCAAGGCAAGCCCACCAAAAGCCAGGUUAGAGAAGGAGGAAAAGGCAACUACAGAGGAUGGUCCAGGGGUUGGUCAGGAGAAAAAAGGAAAGGCUCAAGACAAGCCAGCAGAGAAGAAGGAAAAGGGAAAAUCAAGUCUUACCAAUGCAGAAUUUGAAGAGAUUGUCCAGAUUGUGCUUCAGAAGUCCCUUCAGGAGUGCUUGGGUAUGGCUUGUGGGAUGGGAUCUGGUCUUAAUUUUGCAGAGACUUCCUGUGUUCAGACCAAUUCCCAGUCAGACAAAGAACCAGGCAUUGCUUCUGCUACUGAUAAUGAUAACGCUGUUGGAGAGAGGAAAAUGAUACCUCAUACUCCAGAGACUUCAGCCUCUGUAGAAGAUGUCCCAGAGAUAAGAACAUCUAAAUCAGCCCAACUGGUUCCUGCACCUUCUGAGAAGAAAUUUAAUAGACUUUCCUUAAGCAAAAGAAAGAGGGAAGCUCAAGAUGAAAAAAUGGAGAAAGUUCAAGGUGGACAUGAGUGCAGAGAGAAAGACCAACCAGAGAAAAUGAUUCAGGGUGAUUCUCAGAUCAGGGGUCAGCAAAAAGGGGAAGAAAGUGGUUUUGGUCAAUGUUUAGUUUGGGUCCAGUGUUCCUCUCCAAACUGUGAGAAAUGGAGGCGGCUGCGUGGGAACAUUGAUCCUUCAAUUCUCCCAGAUAAUUGGUCUUGUGACCAGAAUACAGACUUGGAUUAUAAUCGCUGUGAUAUUCCUGAGGAGAUCUGGACAGGGCGUGAGAGUGAUGUGGCCUAUGCCUCCUAUGUCCCAGGAUCCAUCAUCUGGGCCAAGCAGUAUGGUUACCCCUGGUGGCCAGGCAUGGUCGAAUCUGAUCCUGACCUGGGGGAAUAUUUUCUCUUUGCUUCUCAUCUUGAUUCUCUGCCGUCUAAAUACCACGUGACAUUUUUUGGAGAAACAGUUUCUCGUGCUUGGAUCCCAGUCAACAUGCUGAAGAAUUUCCAGGAGCUGUCCCUGGAGCUAGCAGGAGUGAAAAAGUGCAGGAAUAAGGACUACAGUCAGAAACUGGUGGCAGCCAUCAUGAUGGCUCAGAAGGCAGAACAGAUCCACAUUGGGGAGCGGGUCAACUUAUUUGGUUUCUGGAGUCGUUACAGUGGAUCUGACAGCAAUGGGAAUGGAAAAGACCUAAUACUUUCUGGGGCUAAUAGCCCAGAGUCCUACUUGGAAAAAGAAGAGGAAGAAUCAGAGAUAGAGGAGGAGAAAGAAGAGAAGAGAGAUCCAACUUUGCCUGGACCAAAGCCAACCAAAACACAUUCAAAAAUGCCCAAGGCAAGACGCAUGGCAGAUAGACAAGACAGGACCCUGAAAAAGAAGAUAGUGAAGAGACCUCUGGGCAGUGAAUCCAUAGUGCCUCCUGCACCCAUAACGGGAAGGAAAGAAGGACAAAGGAAUUCUGAUCUGGACCAGCCAGGCCUUAAGAAAAAAUUUCAAGUUCCCCAAACCAAGGCCUCAGCAACCAACUUGUCUCAGGAAAAAGAAGUUAGAAUGAUGCCGAAGGGCCUGACCCCACCAGCUCAUCACGUGGCCUGUCCCUUGGAGGGGAAAGAAGGGCCUAGACCCCAGGAACCACCGACUAAGGAGGCUGAAAGUAUCCCCACUGAAGAUGAAGCUUCCAGUGACCUGGACCUGGAGCAACUCAUGGAAGAUAUUGGAGGAGAGUCCAAGGAGCAAGGGGAGCCACAGCAUGGAGAGGAUGCAGAGGGGUUCCCUGCAGCCUUCUUUGAGGAGUAGUCCUCUGCUCUUAUCCUACUAUUCUCUGCAGCAGGGGAAAGAGUCUCUUGGGAGGUCCCUGAGCAGUUGAUAAUUUUGGGGUUGUUAAUUGGCUACAAGUUCAAGUCAGUUGUGCAGUUUAUGUGUUAAUAAAGCAGGUUACUGAUGUGA